AAGUGACAGAAGGCUGCAGUCUGGCUAUAAAAGCGGCCGCUUACACCGCGGCCUUUCCCAUCGUGAGAGGGUUCACACUUCAUUACGUCAGUGUACAAGGUGCGCGUGCUGCGGCUAACACUCCACACCUGUGCUGCUCCCGGAAGUCGGAAUCAGUUCUUUCAAAGUUUGUUUGGUGAAGACCGGCGGGGGGGGGACACACACCGAGUCUCAGAGCAGGGAUUUUUAUUUUUUUUUAGACACACACGCACGCUUUCCCCUGUGUCAGGGGUUUUUCCUUGUUCUGCUUGAAACGGCGUUGAAAAGAGGAAUCGCACACAGUUUCCUGUUUCAGGUCACCUUUCAGCAUGGGCUCAGAAAUCAUCCCAGGUGAGGCGCUUUUCUCUGACUUCAGGACGCAGUGUUUGGCGACGGAGAACUGGCUGAACAAGUACAAUAAGAACGGGAUGGAGGUGUGGGUCGAGGUCCCUCCUUUAACCAGCUCACCCCAAGGGAACAGAACCAACUACACCAAAGUGCACAAAAUCAAGUGUAAAAUUGCCAUAAACGAUGUGUCCGCUGCUACAAUGUACGAUGUUCUUCAUGACAACGUUUAUCGAAAGACAUGGGACCCUGCAAUGCUCGAGAGCUUUGAAAUCGCCCGCCUUGGUCCCAAUUCUGAUGUGGGCUACUAUUCAUGGCUCUGUCCUAAACCACUGAAAAACAGAGAUGUAGUUACCAUCCGCUCUUGGCAAGCUUCAGAAGAUGAAUAUAUAAUUGUCAACUACUCUGUCAAGCAUCCGAAAUACCCUCCACGUAAAGACUUGGUGAGGGCCGUCUCUAUUCUGACGGGUUACCUCGUGAAACCAACUGGGCCGAAAAGCUGCACCUUCAUAUAUCUCUCACAAGCCGAUCCUAAAGGUUCUCUUCCGAAGUGGGCAGUAAAUAAGGCAACUCAGGUCCUAGCACCCAAAGUUAUGAAAAGUGUGUAUAAGGCGGGGCAAAACUACCCAGCCUGGAAGGCCCAGAACUCUCCAGAACAUAAGCCAUGGCUCUACCCUAUCCAGAGUGACCUUCCCAUGAUGGACCCAGCUGAGCUGAAAAUCCAGCAUGCAGACUCUCUGGAAAACGUGGACGAGACCUCAACUCGUGAGGCUAUGGAGAAUGAGGAUGGCAGCUGAAGGACAUUAAAACAAGAUGAAGAAAUGGACACUUGCCUUCCAAACUUCCAGUUUCUAUCAUGUUGGUGCUGUUCAUGAGUACUUUGUUCCUUUUUUUUUUUUUUUUUUUUGAUCAGAAGUGUUGAUGGGCACUGGUCUAAAUUUGUGGCACAACGUUAAGCUGUGCUUAUCACAAAUUUUUACAUAUUGCCAAAAAGCAAAACAGAAUCGCAUGAAGGCUGGCCAUGGGUUAUAAAUGUACUCCCUUUUGAAGUUUAAAAAGUGCUCAUGUUUCUUGGAAGAGAAGGCUAAGCUAAUACUUUUGACAUGUUCUUUGCUUAAUUUAGCAUUACUUCCAAUGAAAGCUGGUGAAUGUUUGACCUUUUGUAAAAAUUAUUUCUGAAAAGGUAAAUUUUAUAUAACUGAAGUAUUAUGAUGUUUUUAUUUAUUUCUUUAGCUGAUUUAUUAAAACUUGAACACUGCACGAUUGUGGGAAGGUUGUGUAAACAGAGUUAGCGAGGCCUUUGUUUUAUAAAUUUUGUACACUGUGUGAAGGGUGAAGUUAAUUUUACAUGACUAUCUGGGGAAGUUUAAUAGUUAGUGUUUUUAAUUACUAUGAUUGCCAGUUAUUCUUACAGAUAUACAAAUUUAUUACUUUAUUGGUAAAUUACUUGUGAUGUAAAUGUUCCUGUUGUAACUUGUAUUACUCAUCAAAAGCCUGGAAAUUGGCAGAGUUGAUUUUUGCAUGUGUUGUGCAAGUUGAAGGUAAGACUGACAACACUGGUUUAUCGAACUGCAAGCAGCUGAUGAGGAAAGUAAUGCUAUUGUGCUUACACCAUGAUGUCCCGAAGUUUUUUUUUUUUUUUCCCCCCCCUCUCUCUUCCCUUUCCCUCCCUCCCUCCCUCCCUCCCUCCCUCCCAGGAGCUGGUCUUCCCUACCAAACAAAUUAUAAAAUUUGGAGACUAGCAAGGAUGGAUGUGACUAUUACGAGAACUUUUUUUUUUUAAAUAUAAUGCUGCUUCUCAUUGUUUAAACAAAUUAGUUUUUAUGUUUCAUCUAACAAUGCAAAGUUCUCAGUUCUUAUAAAUUUUUACAAGGAUAUUUAUUAAGACUGUGUCAAUAAAUUCUAUGAACAUCCAGAA